GCUCGCUCACUCGCUCACUAACUCUCUCCCUGUGGCGCUGAUUACAUAAGCGCCGCUGCCUCCCUCGUGUUUUAACUGUGCCUUUCUCUUCUCGACGUAUCUCUCAGUUGUGUGACGCUUAGCUUCGCUGCAAACAUGACCACAGCCGGGAAGGUCAUCAGGUGCAGGGCGGCCGUGGCCUGGGAGCCCAAAAAGCCCGUGGUGAUGGAGGACGUGGAGGUGGCCCCCCCACAGGCCCACGAGCUCCGCAUCAAGAUCGUGGCCACGUCCGUGUGCCACACGGACCUGUACUACCUGUAUGAGACCGAGGACGAAAACAGCUUCCCCAUCGUCCUGGGCCACGAGGCGGCCGGCGUCGUGGAGAGCGUCGGACCCGGAGUCACCGGGUUUCAACCAGGAGACAAAGUCAUCCCGCUGCCCAACCCCCAGUGUGGAGAAUGUCGCUUCUGCAAGAGUCCAAAGACCAACCAGUGCGAGAAAGGAUGGGUGGCUAAUACCUCCGUAGUGCUGUCGGAUCCAGACUCAAGGUUCACCUGUAAAGGGAAGAAGGUGUUGCAAUACCUAGGGUUGAGCACCUUCUCUGAGUACACGGUGGUGAGCGACUUGUGUGUGACCAAGAUCGACCCCGCUGCUCCUCUGGACAAAGUGUGUCUGCUCGGAUGUGGGAUCUUAACAGGGUUCGGAGCUGCAGUCAAUACUGCUAAGGUGGAGCCCGGGUCCACGUGUGCUGUGUUCGGUCUGGGAGCUGUGGGUCUGGCUGCAGUCAUGGGCUGCAGUGCUGCGGGAGCCAAGAGGAUCAUCGCCGUGGACAUCAACCCAGACAAGUUCGAGAAGGCCAAGGUGUUUGGGGCGACCGACUUCGUGAACCCCAAGGACCACAGCGAACCUGUCAGCAAAGUGCUGUUCGAGAUGACCAACGGAGGAGUGGACUAUUCCCUGGAGUGUGUGGGGAACGUGGACCUCAUGCGCAGCGCUUUGGAAUCCUGCGUGAUCGGUUGGGGCGUCAGUGUGAUUGUGGGCUGGACGGACACCAGUGAGAUUUGUGCUCGGCCGGUCCAGCUCAUCGCUGGACGCACAUGGAAGGGCACCCUGCUGGGAGGGUAUAAGAUUAAGACUGCUAUUCCAGAGCUGGUCAAAGCCUACAUGGACAAGAAGCUGAUGCUGGAUGAGUUCAUUACCCACAACAUGCCCCUGGAGCAGGUCAGCGAUGCCAUGGAACUGCUGAAGCACGGAAAAUGCAUCCGCUCAGUUCUCAGUCCUCCACAGUGAAGUCACCGUGAUGCCUUCAGGAACACUGGGAUCGUUUACGUUCUGAAAGUGUCUCCAGACCCACCAAACAACACAAGGAACAUAUGAAGGAAGGAUCCUGCACGACAUGACAUGACUGACCCACGAACAACCAUCGCUAUUCAGUAUUGUAGAUUGUGACUGAAAGAAUCAUCUCUAAAUAAAGAGUCAAAGGAAACACAAUAAAGGGUCCAAUCAGAA